CCUCCCCACAUACAUACACAUACAUACAUACACACACACACACAUACACACACAUACAAACAGACUCCCUAAAAUGGCGCACACAGCUCGGACCCGUUUCCCAGCUCGGCCCUGGAAAAAAUCGGGACGGUCGCGGAUCCCGAGCUUGAGGAAAGAUUUGAAACACGGAUUCGACGCCGCCUUGCCCGUCUCCGCCGCCAUCGGCAAAAACCUGCACAAGUUCCACGACCUCUUCGGUGAAAGCAGCAGCAGUGAGGAUGAACAGUUUUUGGGUUUCUGCUCAGAUGACAACAGUGUACGAAGCCCUACAAGAUGCCAUUCCAGACCCCAGAGAGUUGAAUCACCUCAAAGGAAGCUUCGAGGAAGACAAAGGACAUUUUCUUCUCAAAGCUCGGAUGUGUUAUCUGAUUCAUCCUCUGCAUUGUCCCCUCCAAACAAGCCUGAAUUAAAGCCUGAUGAGAAGGAGAAGAAGCAAGAGCUUAGCAGUGGGGACAGGAGGAGAGGCCGGCCUCCAGUGCUGAGCAAUCCCAAACUUCAUCUUUCGCAUGACAAGAAAGUGACAACAAAUGGGAAAGCAGAAAAGCAAAAAACUGAAAAAGAAAAGAAAAUGAAAAAGAAACCGUCUGUGUUACUGCAGCAGGCUACAAAAAUCAAGAAGCUCAGGGCAGUCAAACUGUCCCCUUUGCAGUCUAAAUUAAAGAAAGCUAAACUACAGAUAAAUAGUAAUGGGGGGAAGAUUGAGCGGAGAAGAGGGAGGCCACCAUCCUCUGAGCGAUUGAAGACCGUUCCAAAACUACUUGUUCCUCCACAACCCAAGAAACAAAAGAAAUUUCGCAAGGAGAAGGAUAUCACAUCAACACCAAAGCAGUCGGUGACUAAGGAGGUAAAAACUGAUGUCAAACAGAGGCCCCGCAGAAUAACUAAACCAGUCAGAGUUGUACCUGUCACAAAAAGGACAGAUGCAGCCAUUGCAAAACAGUUACUGCAGAGAGCCAAAAAAGGAGCGCAGAAACGGAUGGCUUCACCUCAGCUGAAAAAUAUUCGUCAGUUUAUCAUGCCAGUAAUCAGUGCCAUUUCUUCGAGGAUAAUUAAGACUCCAAAAAGGUUCAUUGAAGAUGACAGUUAUGUUCCUCCUGUCAAGGUACCACGCCUAGAGUCAACUCCAACUGGCCGGUUCAGCACAAUAUCUUGUGGGUCCAGUGAGAAGUCUAGUGCUGUUUCACAGCAUUCUUCACAAAUGUCCUCUGACUCUUCACGGUCAAGCAGCCCCAGUGUCACCUCCACUGAUUCACAGGCAUCUGAUGAAUUGCAGGCUCUUCCUGAAGCAAACCAGUCCACAGACUUGCAUAGUUGUUUAAAUACUACGCAGUCGAGUGAAUCGGGUGGUAUGGAUAAAAAGGGUCAUCGAUUCUCAAUGCCGGAAAGAGGCAAUACAGCAAGCAAAAAAUUGCCAACUUCAUCACCGCAACCAACAUCAUCAUCUCCACCACCACCCUUGCUUUCUCCUCCCCCUCCAUUGCAACAAUCUUCAAAUAUGUCUGAUCACUCUCCCUGGUUAAUGCCUCCAACAAUACCAUUUAUUCCACCAACCACACUGCCAGAGAAGCGGAAAUCUAUCUUGAGAGAGCCAACGUUUAAAUGGACAUCGCUAAAAAACCUGAGGCCAGAAUCGCAUCAGUACUUCUCCUCAGCAAAAUAUGCCAAAGAGGGACUCAUCCGCAAGCCGAUAUUUGAUAACUUCAUAACGUCGCCUUUGACUCCUGAAGAUGUUGGCUUGCCGUCCAGAUUUCAUGCGUCCUCCAACACCCCACCACCACGCUUUUUCUCACAGCUUCACCCUGCCUCUCGGUUUGAUACACAUAAGAGAAGCCCUCUACUUCGUGCCCCACGAUUCACUCCGAGUGAAGCUCACUCCAGGAUAUUUGAGUCUGUUACUGUGUCAUCACAUGCUGUGGGUCGAUCUUCUGUUUCUGCUUCAGCAAAAGGACAUUCUUCCAGAAGGAAGAAGAAAGAGAUGCAUAUCCCAAGUCGCACUGAUCCAAAAUCUCCCUCGCACUCCAUGAGAACCAGAAGUGGGCGAUUAAUUUCCACAGAUUUGUCGCCAGUCACUCCGCAGGCAUCUGUAGCCUCUUCAUCUCCUGUAAGCUCCAUCCUAACUGGUGCCUUAACUCCCCCUCUUGGUAGUUUGGUGCACACUGAGGGAACAGUAAAGGAUAAAGAUGGUAGAUCAAAGUUGGGAGCGAGACAGACCAGCACUCCAGGGGACAGCUUCUCUGUGGACUCUGCCAGUCCAACACCUCCGCUGUUUCCAUCACUAGCACCGAGCGUCCAAAAGGACAAAGGGAAAAACAAAGACAAACUAAGUGAAGAUUUAUCCAAAGAGAAAGACAGUGAGAGAGGGUCUGAGAAAGACAGAGAUCGAGACAAAGAAAAGGAAAAUAAACGUGAAACAAGGAAAGACAAAGAAAAAAAGUCUCAGAGUAAGGGAACAGAGGUUCAGAGUGCUGCACCUUUGUUUCUUUUUCCCAGGGCGGUGGAUGAAGACAGAGCUACAGAGGAUGCAGCUGCUUCAUCUUCCAUGAAGAAAGUUUCAGGGAGAACCAAAAAGUUGAUAUCAAAUGAUAAAAAUGUAGCAGCAAUGGGUGAUAGCCCAGCCGCAAACCUGUCAGAUGUGAGGAGUAAGAAUUCGAAGAAAGGCAGGCUUGGAUCUGAAGAGGUAGGCCCUGUGAUAGGUGAUACUGAAAACACUGCAGCUGCUUCCGUAGGCAAUAAAGACAAGCCUCCUCAACAUUCCUCCAUUACUGCGAUGCUGUCGUCUGGUACUCUAAAACAUUCUGCACCUGCUAUUAGUAGCAUGCUUGCACAAGCAGACAAAAUGCCAACAACUGAUAAGCGCGUUGCAAACCUGCUGAGAAGGGCCAAAGCACAGCUCUGCAAAAUAGAGAAGAGCAAGUCAUUAAAAAUAACUGAUCCAACAAGAUCACAGGGUCAAGAAAGUGACUCUUCAGAAGCAUCAAUACGAGGGCCUCGUAUAAAACAUGUUUGCAGACGGGCUGCUGUUGCCCUAGGUCGGAAGAGGGCUGUGUUCCCUGAUGACAUGCCUACCCUGAGUGCCUUGCCAUGGGAAGAGCGUGAGAAGAUACUGUCUUCAAUGGGAAAUGAUGAUAAAUCGUCUGUAGCUGGGUCUGAGGAUGCUGAACCACCUGCGCCAGUAAUUAAACCAGUUGCUAAGCACAAGGUGCCACAGGAGCCUGUUGUUCGAAAAGGGAGGAGAUCACGUAGGUGUGGGCAGUGUCCAGGCUGUCAGGUACCAGAUGACUGCGGCCAAUGUACAAACUGCUUGGACAAACCCAAAUUUGGUGGUCGGAAUGUGAAGAAACAAUGCUGCAAGAUGCGGAAAUGUCAAAAUCUCCAGUGGAUGCCUUCUAAAGCACCUCCACCAAAACCAGUUAAAGUAAAGAAAAAGGAAAAGAAAACAAAAACACAAGAGAAGAAGGAACUUCCAGCAGUCAAACAGCAUUCUGACUUCAGCCAUAAGAGCUCUCCCCAGGGUGGUUCACAAGGGCAGGAGCAUGCCCAGAAAACUAACCAGGUUCCUCAUCAACACAAUGACCAGCAGUUUGAGGAAGACAAUUCCUCUCCACCUUCUGAAGCCCGGCAGCAAACAGCUAUAGUUUCACCUACCCGGAAACCUAACAAACAGCCCCCUCAGCCACCUGACCUCAGCCUGCCUCAGCAGCCAGGACCUGUGCAACUAAAGAAAGAAUCAGUCAAGCCUGGGCUGAAUGACCCUAAGAAAAAACAGCCAUUGCAAACAGAUUCAGCACUAGAGCUGAGCAAGCAGAAGAAAGCCCCUGCUCGUUUCAAUGUUCAGUUAAAAACUAAAAAGCCGAAAGAAAAGGAUAAAGUGAUUGCUGUCAGCAAGUUUGAACCCAGUACUCUGAACCUGCUCACCCCUUUGACGAAUGUCACCUGUGGAAAACAAAAACCGUUAGCAGAUGGAGUCCAUAGGAUCAGAGUGGAUUUCAAGGAGGACUGUGAUGUGGAAAAUGUGUGGGAGAUGGGUGGACUUAGUAUCCUGACUUCUUUACCCAUCACUCCCAGGGUGGUCUGCUUCCUCUGUGCCAGUAGUGGACAUGUUGAGUUUGUUUACUGUCAGGUGUGCUGUGAGCCUUUCCAUCUCUUCUGCUUGGAGGAAAAUGAGCGACCCCUGGAGGAGCAGUGGGAGAAUUGGUGUUGUCGGCGCUGCAAGUUCUGUCACGUUUGUUGCCGACAGAAUAAAUCUUCAAAGGUAAUGCAGCUCCUGGAGUGUGGCAAGUGUCGAAACAGCUAUCAUCCAGAGUGCCUGGGACCAAACUACCCAACAAAGCCAACCAAGAAAAAGAAAGUAUGGAUCUGUACAAAGUGUGUCCGAUGUAAGAGUUGUGGAGCCACAACACCAGGGAAAGGCUGGGAUGCGCAGUGGUCACAUGAUUUUUCUUUAUGUCACGAAUGUGCAAAGCUGUUUGAUAAAGGAAACUUCUGCCCACUGUGUGACAAGUGCUACGAUGAUGAUGAUUAUGAGAGCAAGAUGAUGCAGUGUGGAAAAUGUGAUCGAUGGGUUCAUGCAAAGUGUGAAAGCCUGUCAGAUGAGAUGUAUGAGAUCCUGUCAAAUCUUCCAGAAAGUGUGGCAUACACAUGUAUAAACUGCACAGAGCAGCAUCCUGCAGAAUGGCGGCUGGCAUUGGGAAAGGAACUGCAAAUCUCUUUAAAGCAAGUUCUGACUGCACUACUAAACUCGAGGACUACAAGCCACUUGUUACGCUAUAGGCAGGCAGCCAAGCCACCUGAUUUAGACCCAGAGACUGAGGAAGCUGUCUCAGUCCGCAGCUCGCCAGAAGGUCCUGAUCCUCCAGUUCUAAUAGAAGUGAACCAACAAGAUGAACAACCUCUUGAUCUAGAAGGGGUAAAGAGGAAGAUGGAACAGGAGAGAUAUCAUUCAGUGCUGGAGUUCAGCGAUGACAUUGUGAAGAUCAUUCAAACAGCAAUGAAUUGCGAUGGAGGGCAACCUGAAAACAAAAAGGCCAAUAGCAUGGUCAAAGCAUUCUUUAUACGACAAAUGGAGCGAUUCUUCCCAUGGUUUCGUGUGAAGGAAUCCAAAUUCUGGGAGCCCAACAAGGUUACCCCAAAUAGUGGAAUGCUACCAAACGCAGUGUUGCCACCAUCAUCGGAUCACAACUAUGCUCAGUGGCAAGAACGGGAGGAGAGCACUCGCACUGAGCAGCCUGCACUUACCAAGAAGAUCAUACCCGCACCACAACCAAAAGGACCUGGAGACCCUGAUUCACCAGUGCCUCUGCCCCCACCACCCCUUGCAAUUGCAGCAGGCUCUGACAGAAGCCGAGAGGACAGUCCUGAUAUCGACCCCCCUCCUGAUGUGGAAGACAACAGGCAGUGUGUGCUUUGCCUGAAAUAUGGAGAUGACAACAGAAACGAUGCUGGGCGUCUUCUGUACGUUGGCCAGAAUGAGUGGACACACAUAAACUGUGCCUUGUGGUCAGCGGAGGUCUUUGAAGAUGAUGAUGGCUCUUUGAAGAAUGUGCACAUGGCUGUAAUCAGGGGCAAGCAGCUGCGUUGCGAGUGUUGUCAGAAGGCUGGAGCUACUGUUGGUUGCUGUCUUACAUCCUGUCAAAGCAAUUACCAUUUCAUGUGCGCUCGGGCAAAGAACUGUGUGUUCCUGGAUGACAAGAAAGUGUACUGCCAGCGGCACAAAGAUCUAGUCAAAGGGGAGACUGUUGCCGAUGAUGGGUUUGAGGUUUCACGUAGGGUUUAUGUCAACUUUGAGGACAUAACUUUAAGAAGGAAAUUUCUGACAGGCCUUGAGCCAGGCAGUAUCCACAUGAUGAUAGGAUCUAUGACAAUAGAUUGUUUGGGGAUACUCAAUGAUCUCUCUGACUGUGAAGCCAAAUUAUUUCCAAUCGGCUAUCAGUGCUCAAGGGUGUACUGGAGUACAACGGAUGCUAGGAAGCGAUGUGUUUACACAUGCAAGAUCCUGGAGCAUCGACCUCCUCCAGCGGAAGCAGAAGAAAACAGCACUUUAGAGCAUAGUGAAAACAGAACCAUCGUGCACAGCCCGAGCAGUCCAUCAGAAAUUGACAUGGCGGAGAGUCACAAUACAAAUAUGUCUGAAAUACCAGACCACCAUCCACCUUCCCUCACACCUGGGCCUAUACCUCCUAGAUUACAGCUGGGAAGCAGGACUCAGACAUCCAGUUUCUCCCCAACACGACGAUCUCCAAGUACUGGAUCGAGACCCCUUCCAUCACCAGGGAGCCCCACCCCGAUGAUUCAUGAGAUUGUCACAUUUGCUGAUGCCCUACUGUCAUCAGGGAGAAGAAGUACCAUUUCCAGACGACAUAGUACGUCUUCUGUAUCACCGCAACAUUCCAGGCACAGAUUGGCGGCUUCUUCCCAAAUGGGCAUGACAUGCCUAAGAUCGAGUGGGAACAUUAACACAUCACCAUUGUCAUCGCUCAAUAUGUUAUCAGACGCUGAGACUGGGAGUCACCUUGGUGAAAUUGUUCAUAAAGCAUUUCAUUCAGGCAAACUAAGCACUUCACACCAAGGAUUUUCUGGUCCGUCUAGCCGUCAAAGAUUCAGUAGUAUUGAUUCUGCCACGAUACAUCUUUCAGGAAUUUCUCAAGCGGUAGGUUCCCAACCUAACAGGUCAUUGCUGACAUCCACAGGGCAUUACAGCUCAAAAGAACAUUCUCUGUUUUCAUCUGGUAGCCAGUCUCAAAACAGUGCCUUGAAAGGUGAAAAUAUUACAGCUGUAAAUGCAUUGGACGGUUCAGUGACAACAUCAGCAUUAGCACAAACAUCUAACUCAGUUACAACAGUAACUGUAUCACGUUCUUUACAGAAAGAAGCAUUUAAUAACAGUGGGUUGCAUACAAACUCUAAUUCGGUAACAUCUAUCUCCAAAGAAACUAAAGGCUGCACAUUACCUUUCCAUCCAAAGGAUUCAAGAAGGUUGGUUGAGCAAAGUAAAGACACUGUUCAAACAGGAAAGAUAAGUGGAUUUCAUGCUCUAAGUCACGAAUCAGAAAGGACAAGGCUACAGUCUGCUGGAGCCAGCCAUAUCAUGGUCACAGCAAAUGAGCAUCCUCGUUCAAACUGCAUAGAGAAGCGAUCUGGCAUGAAAGCAUCCUCCGCUGAUCUUUCCAGAAACAGCAAAGUGCAGGCAGUAAAGCAUUUUGAGGGGUGUCCAACUGCAGAUUCUGCUGUAGAUGUAAUAGUUAAUGCAAAAGGAGCUAGCAGCUUGUUGGCUGAAAUAGAUAAGAAAGCUCAAUCUACUGAUGAAUCUAAACAGAGGCCUGGGGACAGAUCUGCUGGUAUUGAGCAUCCUCUGGUCACGAUCACUGGAGAUGGAGUCCAGUCUGCCUUAGAAAAAGUCCAGUCUGACACUGGCAAAAAAGAAAUGCUUGCUUCCCAAAAGCAAGGAAUUCUCGGGUGUUUAGAACCCGAGUACCUUGUUGAAGAAGAUCACGAUAAAGGUUUGACCGCAUCCAUGUCGGGCAGCUCUCAGGGAGGUGAUGAGGCUGUAUCCUCUUCAGUUGUGCCUUCUGUAAUGUCAGAAAGUCCAGAAAAUGAACGGGAAGUCCUCCGGUGUCCAAAAUGCAACAAAAUCUACAAGCAAAGGGUGAAAAAUCUUUUUCAGAAACAUGUCCUGCAGUGUGGAAAUCAAACUUCACAGGAUGAUGGAGAUGGGAGCAAAACACAGGAUAAUGAUUCAAACAAAAGGCGGUAUCCCCGCCGGAGUGCCAGAGCACGCUCAACUACAUUUUUUGGGUUGACUCCCUUUUAUGGUGUAAAGUCAUAUGGUGAGGAGGACUUUCCAUUCUACCGGGAUCCUUCAGGAAAGAAAAGGGCAGAACAAUCAACUCAAGGACAGGUAGAUGGAGCUGACGAUCCAAACACGUCCUCUGAUGAGGAUAUGGAGUAUUACUACAAUUUCACAAGAACAGUAAUCACGUCUGAUCGAGAGGGAAGGCUUGAGCCAUGUAAUUUCUUCGAUGGAGAGGAGGAUUGUCACCUACCCAGGAUCAGCCAGCUUGAUGGUGUUGAUGAUGGCACAGAGAGUGAUGCUAGUGUAGCCACGACGGUAGGCAAAGCAACACAGGUGAACAAGAUAAAAGCCAAAGAAAAUGGAACGGAAAGCCUGGACCUUGAUGGAACCGUCAACAGUGGGGUCGAAGAUGUAGAAAAGGAGGAACAUGGUGUCAAAACAGUUUCUGACCUGAAAGGCAAUGAUUCAAAAUUAGAUAACUGUCUUCCAGUAAACAGAGUGAAGUCUCAGGGCCAAGACUCCAUAGGGGAGGUUUCUCUCACUUCAUUAGACACUGCCAGAAGAGUCCAUUCCAGCACACCUUCAGACAAGAAUUUGUUGGAUACUUUUAACACUGACUUGUUGAAAUCUGCUAAUGACUCUGAUAAUAACAAUAGCGAUGACUGUGGUAAUAUCCUUCCAUCUGACAUCAUGGACUUUGUUCUUAAGAAUACUCAGUCUAUGCAGGCAUUAGGGGAAAGCCCAGAGUCAUCGUCUUCUGAACUCAUAACGCUGGGUGAGGGUCUAGGUCUUGUUAGUAACAGAGGAAAGGACAUGGGCAGUCUCUUUGAAGUGUUUUCCCAACCUCUCCCCAGCACAGAAACUGUAGAAAGUGAUGUCUCAGCAUCCAUUCCUGCAGAGGAGCCAUUUGAGUUGCCUCUGGAGUUGCCAUCCGACCUCUCUGUUUUAACAACAUGCAGUCCAACUGUCUCCAAUCAAAGCCACAGCAGCCUCACUGUCAUUUCAACAUCACAGCUGACCACCUCAGAAGACCAAUCGGUACUGAAUAUACCUGCUGCUGAAUCGGUGGAGAAGGGGGUGACAGUGACAGGAGAGAAGUCAGUGACAGCAAAUGAUGCUGAAGUUUCUUUGAUAGGGCACCAAGUUGUGGAGUCAUCCGGUGAAAGCCACAUGGCUUCUGAUCAGUUCAUGCAAAGCCACAUGGAUACCGACCAGUUAACUACACCAACCUGUAGUCAGGUAGAGCAGGGGCCUAACAGCCAGGACAUGACUGGGGUUGGCACCAGCUCGCCAGUUGUCAUUCCAGCAUCUGUUAACUCCUCUGUGCCACCUCAAGGUCAGAAAUACAUUGCAAGUCCUGCAGACAGUCCUGGCCCUGCUCCCAUUAGCAACGCUGCAGUGCAAACAGCAACCCCACUCCUUAAACCAGGAACAGAUAACGUAAUUGUCGUCAAUCAGCAUGGGCAUCCACUCUAUGUUCUCCAGACAUAUCCCAGUGGCGUUACACAAAAGAUAAAUCUUGCACCUUCAGUGGGUCCUGCCCAAGCAGUUGUAGAGACAAACAAUGCAGUCCUUGCGCAAAAUGUUUCCAUGGGAGGUAACCUAGCGUUAGCCACAGGUUUAAAUGUAAGUUUGCCAGCUUCCCAAUCGAUAUGCACUUCUGCCACAAUGGCAAGCAGUAAAGGUUUGUUGACUUUGUCACAACACCCUCAGUUACAUUCCUUUGCGGGACCAACUGCAUCAGCAUUUCAGUCCAACAGCACUAGCUCUACGUCUGGCCUUCUCAUUGGGGUCCAGUCGCCACCUGAUCCGCAACUUUUAAACUCAGAAUCUAAUCAGAGGCCAGAGCUUGUCACUACCACAACCUCUAGUCCAGGAUCAUCCCAGGCUAAAAAAAGACCGAUAAACAGGUUACCUUCCAAAAAAGGCAAGAAGCUUGCACCUUCAUAUCAACAGACUUCUGGUUCUGCUACGGAAAUUGUGCCUAACAUAACUUUAAAUAAUUUCUCACCGUCACAAGUCCCUGGAGGAAUGACAAACCAGACCAGUUUGGUGGAUUUAGGAACACUUGCUAGCACUGGAGCCCAACGAACAAUUCCUAAUAUAAUUAAAAGGCCCAAAUCUGCGGUAAUGUGUUUUGAACAGUCCCCUUUGCCUGUGCCCCAAAUUCAGCAAAACCUGGGCGCAGUCGGUUCUACCAACAUGAUUGGCCCAGAAAAUGCUCAUUUGGCAGCUGGAAAUGUGUCAGCAUUGGGUCCAACCCAGUCAGUUUUGAACGUUGUAUCUAUGCAAGCAGCAACAGCAGCAACUAGUGGGGGUACAGUAACAGGACACAUUCUGGGUCAAAGUUCAGUCACCUUAACUACCCCUAUGUUACUAGGGACAACAGACAUCACUGGUUCAAUAAGCAAUCUGUUAAUCAAAGCUAGUCAACAGAGUUUAGGACUUUCUGAUCAGGCAGUUCCAUUACCUGGAACAGGAAUGUUCCAGCAUCUAGCACCGCCGCAUAGCCCAAGCAGUGGACCCCUGUCACCAUCUCAGAGUAUCUGCCUGCUGCCUUCCAGCCCUGCAGUUAGUGUACCAGUUGCACCAAGCUCAUCUGACCAGGACGGGGCCUAUCAGCUAAACCAACAGAUAUCUCAGUUUCUGUCCAGUAAAGGUGUUGCAUCAACCUCCCAGUUGGAAACAGCCUGUAAUUCAGGAAGUCAAAUGUCGACAACCAUGCUAACAGUCUCAACUAGUGUUGUGAGCAGCACAGUUGUUUUUUCAACCACCAGCAUGUCUUCACCAGUUUCAGUGAGUUCUGUGUUUUCCUCUACCAUGGACCGGUCUCCUGUCGACGCAAUGACUAUGGUGUCUCCUGAGUCCCCAAAGGCCAAGCCCAGGGUAAAACGGGCAUCACCUGCUUUGGACAAACAAAGCAUCAAAAAGCACAAAUCAGCCCAUGUUAUGACUGAAUCCUUUGGCGAUCAUCAAGCUACUCUGGAGUCUGAUUCAACCAAUUUACCCCUAUCCUCUAGUGCAGAAUCUAUUAGAGUACGGAUAAAGACGGUGCAACAUGCAGCAGAACCCAAUGAGCACCAGCAAGAAAUCAGUAACCGGGAUUCUGAAUCUCCAAGUCAAAUGGAACAUAUGCCAACGCUGCAACCUUUUGAAUCCAUGAAUACUGGAGCAUCAAACACAGAAGGACAGGAUGACUUUGUCACUGAAUCCAAAAGCUCAGAUGAGGACGACUCCUUCAGUUCUCCCCUUCUUGCUUUGCUUGAGCAAGAAGAAAAGAGGAAAGAAAUCAGGAAUGAGAAGAAAACAAAGAAAGGUCUGCUGUUUCAGAUUACGAGUGAUGAUGGGUUUCAGAUUCAAUGUGAUAAUAUCGAAGAGGGUUGGAGGGUGCUGACUGACAAAGUACAAGAGGCUCGGUCCAAUGCCCGCCUGAAGCACAUAUCAUUUUCUGCGAUAAAUGGACUGAAAAUGCUGGGUAUUUCUCAUGAUGCAGUAGUGUUCCUAAUCGAACAACUUUAUGGAGCCAAGCGCUGCAAAAAUUACAGCUUCAAGUUUCACAAACAUCAGGAAGUGGAUGAGCUUCCUAUCAACCCACAUGGAUCAGCAAGAGCCGAAAUACACCAAAGGAAGUCAGCAUUUGACAUGUUCAACUUCUUGGCUUCAAAACAUCGGCAGCCACCAGAUUAUUGUCCCAAUGAAGAGGAGGAAGAGGAGGUGCAGCUUAAAUCAGCACGGCGAGCGACUAGCAUGGACCUCCCAAUGGCCAUGCGGUUCAGGCACUUGAAAAAGACUUCUAAAGAAGCAGUUGGUGUCUACCGGUCACCAAUCCACGGACGAGGCCUUUUCUGUAAGCGAAACAUUGAUGCAGGUGAGAUGGUCAUCGAAUAUUCGGGUAAUGUCAUUCGAUCUGUCCUCACAGACAAACGAGAGAAAUAUUAUGACAGCAAGGGGAUCGGUUGUUACAUGUUCCGUAUUGAUGAUUAUGAAGUUGUGGAUGCCACGAUGCACGGAAAUGCAGCACGUUUCAUCAACCACUCCUGUGAACCCAACUGCUACUCACGGGUGAUAAAUGUGGAUGGGCAGAAACACAUAGUCAUCUUUGCUGUGCGAAAGAUCUACCGUGGUGAAGAACUUACAUACGAUUACAAGUUCCCGAUUGAAGAUGCCAGCAACAAACUGCCUUGUAACUGUGGAGCAAAGAAAUGCAGGAAGUUCCUGAACUGAGGAAAAAAUAAAUUAACUGGUGGGGGUAAAAAACACCCUCUUGAGGUGAUUGUAAUGAUUUUAUGGGAUCUCGGAAAGAAAAGCCCUUGGAUGGAAAUGGUGAAGUUGCUUUGCAAUCUGCAUUGUGAAAAUCUUGUAGAAAAAAAGAUUUUGAACACCAAGGUCAAAGAGUGGUUGUAGUAUAGGUGGGGCUCAUGCCAAAUAAUAAAUGGCAAAAAAAUGCCAUUCAAAUGAAUUCAUGGAGCUCAUGGUAUUAGUGCAUACUUGGUAAAAAUGCAUUGCUAAACAGUGUUGACUGCUGAUCACUUUCAGAUCUGCAUGGCAGAGUACUAAUUGACUACAGCUCCAUUUCCAUCCUUAAAACAUCCUGUACCAUAUAUGGAACUGAGUGAAAUAAUGAGUGCUACCCGCUUCCCAAUCAAUUAUGUACCAAGGCAACAACAAAAACUGAAAUUCACCCUGAAUUAGCUAUGUCACUUGAGCAGAAUCUCCUCUCUUGUAGAAGAAAGGUAAAGAUGGCAUGUGAGGAAAAUUAAUAUCUUUAACAGCUGUGCAGUGGAAAAGGCAGGGGCAGUACUGGGUGAGAGCAGUUUUGAUCCUUGUGUUUUGCAGUUUCUCCCCUGGGAGCAAUUUGCUUUAAUAAUUUUAAAAUGUGAAACCAACGUAUUCUUCAAAUUCUUUUCUUCCAAUGACAGCAGCUUCUCAACGCGGAGCUACUGCGAGAUGGCAGUGAAAUGAAGUGAACCAUAUUUGUACCCAUACAACACUGCAUAACGCCUGUAAUCCCAUAAAAUCACUUCAAUCUAGCAAGUUCCCACCCCUUUCCAGGAGGCAGUUGUCGCAUGUUUAAGUUUAAAGCUUUGUGAAUUUUUGGAACUUGAGUGGCAGAGCAUAGAAUUAACACUAACUAGGUAAGCAUUCUGCCUCAUGUUUCUUUGGAUUUUAGUUUUAAGUUUUUUUUCCAAGUUGCUUCAAAGUAGCACUGCACUUAAUGAUGAACUGGCUAUUCAGAGAAGAAAUUAAGAAAAUGAUUUGGAAGAUACAGGAAAAGGAAACAGGAACAGGGUACAUAGAAACUUCAUGCUGACCUCAUUAAUGCUGGAAAAGCCUGCUGAUAUAUGCCCACCUCUGAACCCCUGAAGUCGUCUUGCUAGUUACACACGAGUAUUGACGUUCACACCACUUGUUUGAAAUGCACUAGUGGUGCGGUAGCACCACUGAUAAGUUAAUUAAACUCUAAACUUCUGUUAGCACCCAUUUCUUGACAUUUGAUGGGGGUCAGGGGAGAAACAAAAAAAAAGACCCUUCCACUGAUGGGAGCUUUUAAUCAUUGGGUGGAGUGGAGUGAUCCAGAUUUAUGACUAUCAUGUCAUGGUUGUUCCUGUUUAAGAGAACAUGGGAAAAUUAAAAGAUAAAGCAUCUUGAUCUUCCUUUCCACUUACAAUCAAUAGACUUCUAAAACUCACGCUUGGUAUCACCUGACCACUGCUCUUUCCAACCAUGUCAUUAUCCUGCAUGAUAACUUUAACACUUCAUUUGAACACUUUUGUCCAACAAAUUAACACAUUUCUAAAAUGUUUGAAAUUCUUCAAGGUAGAUUCAUAUUGGAAGAGUAGGUAAAGUAACCUUGAACAUGCAUCCAUACAUAUAAAUUCAUGUUGACAUUCUUGAUUUAAUCAUCCUGUCAGUGUGUCUACUCCUGAGGACUGUUUGUUGUGUAGGGAAUUGCAAAUGUUUCAAGCCCGGCCAUGAGUGAAUUUCAGAAUUGAAAACCAGCAUAUCGUUGUGGAUGUACUGGCAUACGAAUGCUUAACAUACGCUUCUGAUGUUUCUUAAUUCACUUAUUAAUGCAGGUAUUAAAUACCUCCACUAAAUUAACAGGUAAAUGUCACCUAGUGUGUUAGUCAUCUGGUUUCUUUUUUUCUGCACCCCCACCACUUAACAGCUGUACUGCAUUGUAGUGUUGGGGAAAUGUGCUAAAAUAUUGCAUAACCACCAUAAUGGUUGUGAUAGUCUUUUAGUUUUAAAAAAAUGUUUAUUUUGAGAGUCAGGAAAUAAUUUCUGUUUCAAUGCUGAAAUGCUACCAUAACUGGCUCCUGGAAGACAGGCAUUUUUGACCAAAUGAAUGCAUCUCAAGUGGGUUUAUCACAGUGACUUAAUGUUUGAAGAUCUUGAUCCCUUAAUGUUUUGCACUGUGCGCUAUUGAGAUUGACGCUAAACCUAAUGUAUUUGUACUGACUACAGCAGUAUAUUGUUAUUCAGACUACAGUCGUAUUUCCAUGUGUCCCGUUGUCCAGAUUAUUAGUUGUAUCCUGUGUAUUCAAUUAUCCAGAUUAUAGAUGUGAGCCCUGUUAUCCAAACUCUGUUGAAUUUCCUAAAAGAAAAAAGUUCAGUUUGUCUGAUCAGGAAGUUGUUUUCUUAAAGGGGCACUGUCUUCAUUUUAAAAAAUAGAUGUCACAUACCCAACCCUCCUUCCACUUUCGUUCCUACCUCCUUUGUUGGCAAAGUGGUGCCCCUUUAAGCAGCAAUUGACAGCUAGAUGGACUGAUGGAUGGAAAACUGUUUCAGGAUAAUUUUUCCCUGAUGUGGUAUUUGUUGUCCACUAUUUCUCUUCAUUUAUACCUCUGGACAAAAGUUGGGUUGGUGAUUUUUCUUCUUGUUUCAUUUGCCUUCACUCAGUUACUGCUGCUUAAUGACAUCCAUCCGCCGCCAGCCUUUUGGGACCAUGUUCCUUGCUGCUAUGAUAGGAGCUUGUUUCUUGAGGGCACCUUUGCUCGUAGGGAGGUAUUAACCUCUUAUGUAAGAAAGCAGUGUUUACCUAAGAACGACAUUGCACUUCACCAAGUUUGUGGUGGAAUUGCCAGGGCAGCAUAUUUACAGCACAAGGAAGACAAGCCUUCUGAUUGUGGUGUUAAUGUUCAGGUAAUGGGGGUUCUACUG